UCAGUCAACAGAGACGACACUGUUAAUGAAAAUGAGCGUUAAGUUCAACAGUGAAAAUAGUCCGGCUGCAUAAAGGCAGUUGGCAUCGCCAUCAGCGAUCUUUCCAGUCGCAUGCUGAAGUUGGGAACGGAUCAUGUCUAGCGAUUCUGCUGAUUACAACAGCUCAAGAGAUAGAGACCAUGGGGGGCCAGAUGGAAUGGAGCCUGAUGGUGUCAUCGAGAGCAAUUGGAACGAGAUUACGGACAACUUUGAUGAUAUGAACCUGAAAGAGACUCUUCUCAGGGGAAUAUAUGCGUAUGGUUUUGAAAAACCAUCUGCCAUUCAACAGAGGGCAAUCAUUCCUUGCAUCAAAGGCUAUGAUGUCAUUGCCCAAGCCCAGUCAGGCACUGGCAAGACGGCCACGUUUGCCAUCUCUAUCUUGCAGCAGCUGGACAUAGAGCAGAAGGAGACUCAGGCUCUGGUGUUGGCUCCCACCAGAGAGCUGGCUCAGCAGAUCCAGAAGGUAAUUCUGGCUCUUGGUGACUACAUGGGAGCAACCUGCCAUGCCUGCAUCGGAGGAACCAAUCUCCGUAGCGAAAUACAGAAGCUCCAGGCUGAGGCCCCUCACAUAGUGGUGGGCACACCAGGACGUGUGUAUGACAUGCUUAACAGGAGACAUCUGUCCCCAAAAUGGAUUAAGAUGUUUGUUCUGGAUGAGGCUGAUGAGAUGUUGAGUCGAGGGUUCAAAGACCAGAUCUAUGAGAUCUUCCAGAAACUGAGCACAAACAUUCAAGUGGUCCUGCUCUCUGCUACCAUGCCAGCUGAUGUGCUAGAGGUGACCAAGAAGUUCAUGCGAGACCCCAUUCGCAUCUUGGUGAAGAAAGAAGAGCUUACCCUCGAGGGUAUCAAGCAAUUCUACAUAAAUGUGGAGCGAGAGGAGUGGAAGCUGGACACCCUGUGUGAUCUGUAUGAGACUCUCACCAUCACCCAGGCUGUCAUCUUCCUCAACACAAGGAGAAAAGUCGACUGGUUGACUGAGAAGAUGCAUGCUAGAGACUUCACAGUCUCUGCUCUGCACGGCGACAUGGACCAGAAGGAGCGUGACGUCAUUAUGAGGGAGUUUAGGUCUGGCUCAAGCAGAGUGUUGAUCACAACUGAUCUUUUGGCUCGUGGAAUUGAUGUUCAGCAGGUUUCUCUGGUCAUUAACUAUGACCUUCCUACAAACCGAGAGAAUUACAUUCAUAGAAUUGGUCGCGGCGGCCGUUUUGGCAGAAAAGGAGUUGCUAUCAACUUCGUCACUGAGGAAGACAAGAGGAUUCUUCGGGACAUCGAGACGUUUUACAAUACAACUGUGGAGGAGAUGCCUAUGAAUGUGGCCGACCUGAUUUGAGCCCCGAGGUUUUUCUUUUUUUUUUUAACGCAGUGAUAGCGAUCGUCCACUUGCAUUGUGCUUAUAUUAUUCGAGGGGGAAAAAACUUCUCAAUGCUAAACCUUGGAUCAGAAUUUUUGGUAUGUGUUAAAAGUGAGGUGACUUCUACGGUGGUCCCUCUCGGACAGUUGUAGAUUCUAACCUCGACAGUCGGCUGGUUGGAGCUACAAAGCCAUGGGGUCUGUAAACAUUAAGGUCCUUAUCAGGUAUUUCUUUCCAUGUUCAAUUAAGAUGCGUGUAUUCGAUGUUCUCCACCAUUUAGUAACUUACUUGUGGACUAAAAGGUAUAAGUGCUGUAUAAAGUCUGCAAAUUAUGUUAUGCUAACAUAUGUGCGAUGUAUUGUGGGCCUGCUUAAUAGAGGCACCUGUCAUGUUAUACUGUAGAUUCACUUGCUUUUUUGUUAUCUUUUGUGAAUGUGUUAAUUUAAAUGUAUCAUAUUUUUUAUCCCACUUGCUCUAUCAGAAUUCCUCACUGGUUGGCCAUAUUUUGCUGACAUGUGGUUUUACCCUUACCAGAGUAUAUUGCUACCCCCCCACCCCUCACCCUUGACUACUUUUCAGAUUUCCUCCUCCCCAGAAUUGUAUGAAUGUCUUAAUAAACUGAAAUUGCUGUAAGUAAA